AUGUCCGUCCAUCCCGCCGUGCUCCUCCCCGCCGACGCCGGCGACGUCCCCGAAGACCUCCGCUGCGCGCUGCGCGCCGCCGCGGCGGCGGCCGCGCCGGGCGCGGACGUGCUGGGCCUCCGCGCAGCGCGGCCGUCGGGCGGCGACGUCUGGGUGCACCGGGCGAUGGUGGAGAUCCGAUGUCCCAGGAAGUUUCCAAAACUACGACCACGAGCCCCACAGACGAGCUUGUGUCGGAGAUGGUUUGCCAAUGGUGAAGGCAUGGUUUCAAUUCACCGCCUGGCCGUGUACAUACAUGAAGAAAUCAACGGUACUUUCGAGGAUAUCUUCCCUCAACUUUCUGAACGAGUUGACACCCUGGAGUACCCAAACAACGGCUCGUCGACCUUGGUGACGAUGGAGGAUGCGAUUGUGAUCGUCGAAGACAUCGGUGCCCAUGCGGAUCGCUUGAAGACCUUCCUGGCCGAUGAUGAGAGGGCGGACAAAGCCAUUGGCCCUUUCGAAGAUGAUUCAGAGGGACCUGGCUUUUCUCGUCCCCGCCAUCCAUGUCACACAGGCCGUGGUUUCGAACUUGGUGGCAAUGCUCCGAUACCUGUGGAAAGAGAUGGGUGGAAUGAAGACCUGUCAACGGAGGAGCUCAGGGCUAGAUCAGCCAGAGAAGCAGACGGGAUAUGGUUCAAACCGAGCUUGGGGAUGGGCUUUGAGGUGCACUCACGAAAUGGCACCUACAUACUGAAGCGUCGAAAGAUGGACAGAUUUCCAACCGAUCCGGUUUUCAAUGUUUGGUACCAGACACACAUGAGUCCAGGAUGGAUGCCAUGUGCAGGACAAUGUGCAAAUGGUACACCGCCGCGUUGGUGGAAGGUGAGCGACGAAGAGCCUCGCUUCCUCAAUGAAGAGCUGAAGCGGAAGCAUUGCGUUGGUUUCUGUGCCAUGGCUCGCAGGGCAGAGACGAAGGCGAAGAAGGCCACGCAGAUGCUUUCGCUGGACGUGUCCCUGGACGCCUUGCGGCACUUCGUGGAGUACCUCUACACCGACCGCCUCGACGGCGAUUUGGCCGUGCCCCUGACGGCCGAGCUCAUGCGGCUGGCGCGCGAGCGAUGGCGGGAGGAGGGCGACUUCUUCUCGCCCGGCCAGCGGCGCCGUUCUCCGGCGCCGGAGGGGUCUCCGGAGCCGAGCGGCUCCGGAGACCCGCCCGGGCCGCGCUGCGCCAUGCAGCGGCUCUACACCCUGUGCGAAGCGCACCUCUUCUUUCGCUUAAGCAUGGAAACUGCCGUGGAGAUCUUACUGGUGUCAAUCCAGGGUAAAUCGAAAUCCCUUGAACAGAAUGUCUACAAGUGGUUCGCGCGUGAGAAGCCCGCCUUGGACAUCUCCUUCAACCGCCACCUGAUGACCGCCCUCAAGGACCAUCCCGAGGAGCUGGCGAAGGCCAUUGCCGCGGCGGCAGGGAACGACCACCUCAGCAGCGAAGCGUCGAGGGCGGAGGAUGUUGUGAAGGCCUUGCCUCCUCCGCGUCUGAAGUUCGAUCUCCUGGAGCUCCUGGCGUCGCCGGGCGACUGUCGCCUCGUGGCCGAGCAGCUCGACGUCUCGGCGCAUCGCUUCAUGUUGGCCGCGCGGUCCAGGUACUUUGCGUCCAUGCUGGCGAGCCCCAUGCGUGAAGCGCGGACGGGUGAACUGCCAGUGCAAACGGUGCCCACGCCCAGCAAGAAGAGUAUCCAGGCCCUCUUAGAGUUCCUCUACACCGGGAGCCUGACGGCAUCCAUCGAGUCGCUCCGCCCCGCGGACUUCAUGGAUUUGCUCAUGGUGCUAGAUGAGGGUGGUGGUGAAAACUAUUUGCAAUUGGCGCCCGAGACUUACACUUCCCUUCGUCGCAAGGUGGAAGGCCUGGUGGUGGCCAAGGUGGAUUCGAAGAAUAUGUGGAUGAUCCUGCGAAGAGCCAAACUGCUGAAGAACCCGGACAUCUCCGCCCAUGCGCUGAAAAAGGUGGUGAAGAAAACCGACUUUGAGGAUGCAGAGAGCUUUCAGCAGUGGUGCCAAGGGCGAGAUCAAGGUCUUGUUUGGUCCGAGCAGCUGGAAGUGCAACUACUUCAAGAUGUCCUGAAACAGAAGUGUAAGCAGCAGCAGAAACUCAAGCAGAAGCUUCAGAAGAGGGUGGAGGCUUGGACCCUGCAGGUGGAGAAGCCCUUCCCGGAAUCUUCGGGGGUCUACAACUGCCGAGGGCGACGGUACCUCCUGAGAUCCGACACCGCGGUGGGUUCGGCGUGUGCGAACGAGAUCGGCUCCAUUUCGGCCAUCUUCGAGGAGGAAGUGCGCGCCACUCGGGGGCACGAGCCGUUCAGGGUCGGCUUUGCGCACCUGAUAGAUGUGAUCUAUCCUUAG